GCUAAUCAGAUACCAUUUACAUCACAUGAAGAAAAGAUAAUUGUGGAAUCGCAUUCUAAAGGAGAAAAAUGGUCAAAAAUUGCUUUAAAACUUGGUAAUGGACGAACAUCCAAUGAUAUUAAAAACGCAUUUAACCAAAGACUUAGCAAGC